GGAAGCCGAGGGCUGUUCAGUUGCUGAAGGAGAGAUGGGAGAGAAGGCGCUGCCGGUGGUGUAUAAGCGGUACAUCUGCUCUUUCGCCGACUGCGGCGCUGCUUAUAACAAGAACUGGAAACUGCAGGCGCAUCUGUGCAAACACACAGGAGAGAAACCAUUUCCAUGUAAGGAAGAAGGAUGUGAGAAAGGCUUUACCUCGCUUCAUCACUUAACCCGCCACUCACUCACUCAUACUGGCGAGAAAAACUUCACAUGUGACUCGGAUGGAUGUGACUUGAGAUUUACUACAAAGGCAAACAUGAAGAAGCACUUUAACAGAUUCCAUAACAUCAAGAUCUGCGUCUAUGUGUGCCAUUUUGAGAACUGUGGCAAAGCAUUCAAGAAACACAAUCAAUUAAAGGUUCAUCAGUUCAGUCACACACAGCAGCUGCCAUACGAAUGUCCUCAUGAAGGCUGUGACAAGCGGUUUUCUUUGCCUUCCCGUUUAAAACGUCAUGAAAAAGUCCAUGCAGGCUAUCCCUGCAAAAAGGAUGAUUCUUGCUCAUUUGUGGGAAAGACUUGGACAUUAUACUUGAAACACGUGGCAGAAUGCCAUCAGGACCUAGCAGUAUGUGAUGUGUGUAAUCGAAAAUUCAGGCACAAAGAUUACUUGAGGGAUCAUCAGAAAACUCACGAAAAAGAGCGAACUGUGUAUCUCUGCCCUCGAGAUGGCUGUGACCGCUCCUAUACCACUGCAUUCAAUCUUAGAAGCCAUAUACAAUCAUUUCAUGAGGAACAGAGACCUUUUGUUUGUGAGCAUGCUGGCUGCGGGAAAUGCUUUGCAAUGAAAAAAAGCCUAGAAAGACAUUCAGUUGUACAUGAUCCAGAGAAGAGGAAGCUGAAGGAGAAAUGCCCUCGCCCAAAGAGAAGCCUGGCCUCUCGCCUCACUGGAUACAUACCCCCCAAGAGCAAAGAAAAAAAUGCAUCCGUUUCGGGAACAGAAAAGACUGAUUCACUUGUGAAAAAUAAGCCCUCUGGCACUGAAACAAAUGGCUCAUUGGUUCUAGAUAAAUUAACUAUACAAUAAUAUAAGAAAACAUUUAAAUUUAUUUUUUUAUUUGUUAAAAUUGCCUCAGGAUGGUUAACCCAUAUUUAGUGUGGGUUUUUUCUUUUUUUACAGCUUUAAUUCAUUUUUUUUCGGCUAUAACAAAAGGAAUCUGUUCUAGACGCAUGAUUUGUUUUAUGAACUGCAGUAUUGGCCAUGCCUACAGGUAAAGGCACAGUGUUAAUGGCUACAUACCUCUUCUACCCCAUGUUUGCUAUUAAAAGUGAGGUGCAGCAGCCACUGGUCUGUUUAUUUACAAUACAUUCAUUUAGUAAGACUCUGUAUUCAUUUUCAAAAGAAUCACUAAGGGAAUGUGCAAAAUUGUUAUCACUCUACUGUAAACACAAAUGUACUGCUUGCACCCUGUUGGUGGGGCUUUUUUUGGGGAGGUUGACUGACCUGGUUUUUUUUUU